UUUUAAAAAAAUCACCAUUCACAUUGCUACCUCAUCACGCAAUGCCACUCAAAUUCAUCAUUUAAACUCGCAUUUGUCUACUUAUUAAUAGAACAAGGCUUAUAACGCCUGUUAACUCAAACAAUAGGGUAAAUCUGGUCUGCAGUGUUCAUGUGAAGCUUUGAAACAAGGCCUGCUGCUCCAUUCACAGCCAGCCAAUCAGAGCGCAGCUUACUGGAUCCUUCCAGCCAAUAGCGAGGCUGCUCGCUGCUUGGCUCCUGUUUUGUGACCGCGGACAGACAGAAGCGAGUGGAAGCUAAAGCUAAUUCAAUCACAUCUCAGCGGGUUCAUUUUCAUUGUUUUGCAUCGGGUUAGUUUGCAGCACAGGCGCGCAUCUGUUAGUGAAAAAUCGCAUCUACCUGUGAGUAUUUAAUCCAGCUGGCUAAAGCACUAAACGGUGCUUCUGCUGAGGUAAAGCGCGUCUGCGUUGCUAAAGCUAGAGUUGGCGGCGUUUAGGCGCCAGACGACAGCGCGUUACUCCCUCACGCUACCGGCGGCGGUGUUGUUGUUUAUAGCGGGCUGAAUCAAGUCAAGCAUGGCUGAAUACCUGGAAGAUCCGUCGACUCUCACGAAGGAUAAGCUGAAGAAUGAGCUUACACUCAACAAUGUGUCUCUGCCCAGUGGAGAGCAUAAGAAAGAUGUGUAUGUGCAGCUGUAUCUGAAGAACUUAACGGUGCUGAACAACAAGAAGAGUCCUCCUCCUCCUCCUGCAGACACUUUCUCCAGCGAUGAGGACCUGCCUGCUCCUGUGGUGUCCAACAAGAGUCGGUCUGGAAGAAAAGCAACCAAAAAGACAGACAAGCCUCGCACAGAGGAAGUGGAGGUGACAGACCUCACUGAUGAUGAUUUAAAACAGCAGCUGGAGAAGCACGGUGUGGAUUCAGGACCCAUUGUUGCCACCACCCGUAAGUUGUAUGAGAAGAAGCUGCAGAAGCUUUUGGACCAGCCUCCAGCCGAACCUGAAGCUCCUACAGACGUCACAGCUCUCCCCAAGGCAGACAGUAACCAGAAUGGAAACACAAAUUCAGACCAUUACAGUGACAAGGAAGAUGAGGAGAUUGCUGCCCCUGAACCAGAGCCUGUUCCUGUGGUGGAGAAGCCUGUGAGGAGCCGAGGGAAAACUCCAGUUACCACCAGAACCAGCAGCAGACGACAAACCAAGGUGGUGGAGGAAAUGAUUAUUGAAGACACCCCUAAGAAGGCCAGCGACAGUGUUGAAGAUAUCCUUGCCAAUGAAAUAAGCACACCAACAGGCAUGAGUGCAACCCGCAGGCGCCCGAUCCGAGGGGCAGCUGGUCGGCCAUUAAAACCAAGUGAAUACUGGCUGGAUGAGUCCCGUGUGCAGCGCAGUGUCCUCACCGAGACACGCUCUUACUCUGAGUCGUUCUCCAGAGGGGGCAGCUCCGUCUCUUCGAGCAAAGCGCCAGCCGGGCGAGGCUUCCUGUCCGUGUUGCUCAAGCUCCUGCUCCUUGUCGUGGUAGGUGGUUCUCUCUUCUACGCCCACCAGAACCUGGAUGCCGAUAGCAUCAACACCCUUAAAGGCCUCCUGGACAACGUCGUCGUCCCCCUCCAGGGCGUUGUGAACAACGCAGCCACCUACCUGGGCAUCGGCAGCAGCGAUGCUACAGUGAGCGCUGGCAAUUAAAGACCCUCAGCAGUCUCUCGCCAUGCCCACGCCACCUCCCUGCCGCCUGCCACAGCACACCACAACUCAAGCAGCAAACUUGGCUCACCUCUUCUCUUUACCCACAUGGUUGGACAAAGGUUACAGAUUUAAUUGGAACGAUAAACUUUCUCCUGUCUGGACUUUCCUCUCACCACGAGGAAACAGUAGCUUCUGGAUAACACUGUUUUGUGGCAGUCACAGAAGAGACUCAUUUCAAUGUUGAUUUUAAUCUGUGAAUUGUUUGUGUCUUUGUGUGUAUUUAACCCUUAUAUGUAGAAACAGAUGCAGAAUGGAGCGGCCAGUUAAUCCAUGCAUGGUUGUAGUUUUUGGAGGUCAUACUGUAGUUUCUAACUCUCUGUGCCAGGUGUUUUUCUGAUGGUGAAGUGCCUGGACACUCUUAGCACGUAGUGCCCUCCCGUUUUCCAGCGCAAAGCAGUGCUAAUACCAGAAUGUUUAUUUCAUGUGUUUCUGUAUGAAUUUUAAAAAAUUUGCUCUGUAGCUAGUUAGGUAGAGUGAUUCAUUAUUUCUAUGGUGCUCAGGUUAAUUCAGCUCAAACUUUUUAAUGUGGUCCGUGCUGGGAGGAGACACAUGGUGUAAUCAGGUCGCAUCGCUGCAUGAGGAAAAAUCCGCCCAUGUUCAAGUUGAGGUUAAUGGAUUGAGGAAGAUAAUUUACUUUCGGCAUCUUUUAUCAAUCCUCCUCAAUUUACAAACAAAAAUCUAAAUGAAACAGCUUUAUAGUGUUUAUCUAGCGCUUAUUUGACAAUUCCUCCUUAAGGAAACUAAAAUUGCAGUGUUUGAUCAUAGAUAAUUGAUUUUUCCAGCCCUGCCAGUGUGCCCAUUUGAGUUUACUUGCUUUGGGUUUUAGUGCUCUGUUGUGCUUUUUUUGUCCUGUUUUUAUUAGAUUUCUGAUCCUUCAGUCCUAUACGCAGGAUUGGCUGUUGCAGUGCACCCACAUAGCCCGCCUCACUGACUGUAUGUGUCCAGACAUGCAAAGAAGACACAUGGAGAACGUUAAUCCUUUUGGGACAGUUAAUCAAUUUAUUCUCUUCAGGACUCUUUGACUACUUCUGCCUGAGCAAAUUACCACAAUUAAGAGACUGUAUGUUACUUUGAAAGAGGCCGUUAACACGCUGGGAGAGAAGACUCAUUCACUGAAGGUGAUGUUGGGGUGGGAUGACUUCUGGGGAAUCUUUGUUUCUAUUUUGAUAUUUUUCUAAAAUGACGUGUUCAAUUUUUUAUAGCACAUUUUAAGGUAACAUUUGAAAGCAAUAUGUAAUAUGUGAAAGUGAUACUGUAUCUUAAUUUGAACCUUGCUGACUUAACACAAGCAACUGAUCACCAGGCAGCUCUCCCACAACAAACAGAAUCGACAGGGGUUAUGUGGGUAAGGAUUUUUAAUCUGUUUAUUUAUGAUAAUGUAGGCAGUGUAUCAUGAAAUAAACGUGAUUGUUACAGGUA